UAGUGACGGAGAUGGUGGUACUGCUUGGUUCCGUGGCGAUAGUCGUCGCUUGCUAUGUCUUAGUAUAUUAUUUUGGGUUCAAGGGGGUGAGGUGCUUUACUCCAGUGAAGCUGGGGGGAAAGACGGCCAUCGUGACAGGAGGCAACACGGGUAUUGGUAAAGCCACAGCUCUGGAAUUGGCUAAGAGAGGUUCCAGGGUCAUUUUAGCUUGCCGUAACCAGAAGAAAGCUGAAGCUGCUGUGUUAGACAUCCGCAGAGAGAGUGGGAACAAUCAGGUUGUGUUCAUGCAGUUGGAUCUUGGAAGUCUUCUGUCUGUACGGAGUUUUGCUGAAACCAUCUUAAAAACUGAGCUCAGAGUGGACAUUCUUAUCAACAACGCAGGCCAAAGGGAGCUUUUUACUACUAUGCGACAAGACGACCAGAAAUUCUGACAUGCCAGACUUUCUUCGUAGUGGUCGUGAGCCGUCCCAGACACCAGCCGUCCAAUCGUGGAUUAUGUCACACUACACGGACUACAACACGUCAAGACAACUCAAAAUUGGCCACAACAUGCUACGUUUGUCUGCGACACAUCUGUUGACUCAUUAUCGGUUGUAGUCUGACAUUGGCAUUACUUAAAGUGCAUCUUCACACUUCACUGCUCCUUUUAAAUAAUCUAUACGAAAACAAAUCACAAAAAAGAAUUAAUCACUUUUUCAACAACAGUUCAGCCGACUGACUUUUGUCAUGAAUAGAUUCCGAAAUACUUACCUGUACAGCAUCACACCUCACUGUAACUUUAAAAUAACCUGUACACAUACAGAACACAAGAGAGUGAAUCACAUUGUCAACAGUUCACCUUGCUGGCACGUUACGAGUCAACUGUCCAUAUUACUGCAAUUUAAGCAUCACCAGAGCAGGUAUCAGGAAGGGGGCAUUGUGUAUGUUUCAGGUCUGAUGGGCCCUGGAUGCACAGAGGAUAGUUUUAGCAUGGCAUUUGGAGUCAAUCACCUCGGUCACUUCCUGCUCACCAACCUCCUCCUCAAGCGAAUGCAGCAGUGCGGACCCAGUCGCAUCGUAAACGUGUCUGCCCUUCUCCACCGCCUUGGUAACAUUGAUUUCUCCCUCCUGGCUUCCAAACAAGAUUUGGAGACAAGCCAGUCAAUCUGGCACAACUUUCAGGACUACUGCAACAGCAAGCUGUGUAAUGUGCUCUUCACCAGAGAACUUGCUAACAUGCUAGAGUGCUCAAAUGUGACUUGCUACAGCCUCCACCCAGGGAUUAUCUACACCGAAUUAUGCCGCAAUAUGAGCAUGUGGCAACAGUUUCUGUUAAUGCCAUUUGCCAAGCUUUUCUUUCUCGACCCUGAGGGUGGCUCCCAGACCACCCUGUACUGUGCCCUUCAAGAGGGCAUUGAGGCUCUCAGCGGCCGCUAUUUUUCCAACUGUGCCCUGCAACAGGUGGGAUACAAAGGGCGAGAUGAUGCCCUGGCAAAGAAACUGUGGGAGGUUAGUGCCGGUUCGGGUGACUGCAGAAAAAGGUUUCUGUCUGCACCUAUUCUGUCAAGUGUUUCAAAGUUUACCGCUAUCAUUGGUUUCCCAGCAAAUCGGGAGUUCGUCAGUGACAGUGCCGAACUGACGGAUUGCACACCACUGCUAAAUAUUAGUGUGACAUACUAGAGUGCCGUAGGUGAAAAUGUACAAUGGCAUACCCCACCCCGCCCCCCAAAGAGGUCACCAAGGAAGAAGAAAAGAUUUCACCCCCUCCCAACUCUGCACAGUAACCAUAAAUAGUUAUAAAUAGUAUAAUAAUAGUAGUAAAUUGUAAUAAGUACACUCCUGCAUAUGAUUGUUGCCUAAUUAACAUGUUACCGGGGUCACACGUGCCCCCCUGGCAAUGCAUCGCAGACCACCUAUUUGAAAAGCACUGUUGUACAUUGCAGCUCCUUAACAAUAAACAUACAGGUGCAUGUA